GAGAAAAAGAAGAAAAACAAAUUAUUCUUUUUAGGAAAAUAAUAGGUAAAACAUAGUUAUUUGAGAAGAUCUGCAAUUUGGAAAAGCUUGUGAACCAAUUUUAUUUUUUUUCUCAGAAAAAACGAUUUUGCUUGAAAUUAAAUAUUAUGUUUUGUACUCAAAUUAGCCGACAAAUUGCAAGCAAGCGUCCCUCCAAAUUCCCAUAUUUUUUUUGAGGUCGGUUUAGGCUUUUGGUGAAUUUUUGGGAUUAUUUUCAUUGAAUUUCUCUAAUGCAAUCGGGGGCUGGGGCCCAUCAAGACCGCGGCCGAGGCGGGCAUGCGUCCAGGAACGCCGCGUCUGCCUCCGCUUCGCCGUCCUCCUCCUCCUCAGCCGUGUCGGCUCCGCAGCUAGCAUUUGAUCAGCAACAGACAAGACAGUCGUUGCAACAACAAUAUAUGAGGAGACCUGAAGGAAAUGAAGCCCUUUUAGGCUACCAAGCUGGCAAGGUUCAUGGGAUUCCAAGGGGGUUUAAUUUCGCUGCAGGGACUGGGUCCAUGCAAUUCCCUCAACAGUCUAGGAACAUAAGUGCCAUGGGCCAACAAUGUGGUCCUCCUAACAUUCCAGGGCAGGGUCAUAUUAGGAAUCAAGAUAAUGAGCAACAAAUGUUAAAUCCUAUCCCACAAGCUUACCUCCAACACGCUUUCCAAGCAGCUCAACAGAAGUCAGGUGUUGGAAUGCAAUCGCAACACCAAAUGAUACCGGGAAUGUUUGGUCAACUUGGCACAGAUCAAGAUGUCCGUACAACUAAUAUGAAAAUGCAAGAGCUCUUGCAUAUCCAAGCGGCUAAUCAGUCUCAGGCAUCCUCCUCCAAGAAAUCAUCUGAACAGCUUGCUAAUCAGCCAGGGUUUCUUGGUCAAACAAUGCCAGCAAUACCUAUGCAGGGGAGCCAGGCCCAGCAAAAUAUGAUGAACAUGACUAACAUCCCGGCUGCUAUGGCUGCACAAUUGCAAGCGAUUCAGGCUUUAGCACUUGAACGUAAUAUUGACCUGUCAAAUCCUGUAAAUGCAAAUAUGAUGGCACAGCUUAUUCCCCUCUUGCAGUCUGGGAUGGUUGCUCAGCAAAAACCAAAUGAAAGCAAUCCAGGUUUACAUCCUGAAUCAGUACCAAAACAGCAGGUCAACUCACCACAAGUUGCUAAUGAAAGUUCUCCCCGUGGUAACUCCCCAAGUGAUAUAUCGGGACAAUCUGGCUCUUAUAAAGCUCGGCAGUUGGUUUCUGCUGCUCCUCUCAGUGUAGCUACAAAUUCAAAUAUCCUGAAAAACUCCAGUAACAUUUCUGUGCAUAAUAGAGAUAAACAACUGCCCCCAAGACAGGCCACUGGGGUUGGCAAUGGAAUGCUUUCUACAAAUCCAGCAGAGUCAUCUGUGAACUUGAAACAGGGAGUAGACAAUUCAUUCCUUGCAAAAAAUUCUCCAUUCAACAUUGAAGCUUCACAGUUGCAGUAUACCAAGCAACUUAACAGAUCCCCUUCACAAUCGGCAGCUUCAUGUAAUGAUGGGGGUGUGGGAAAUCCAUCUACGUCUCAGGGUGGGCCACUUCCUCAGACGGAUCAACUGCAAACCGGGUUUACAAAGCAACAAUUGCAUGUUCUUAAAGCACAAAUACUUGCAUUUAGGCGCCUGAAGAAAGGAGAUGGAACUCUGCCACGUGAAUUGCUCCAAGCUGUUAUCCCUCCACCGCUUGAGGUGCAGAUACAGCAGGUAUUUCCUUCUGCUAGAAAUUUAAAUAAGGAUAAAUCAGCUGGAGAAAAUGUGGAUGGGCAUGUAAGACAUAUGGGGUCAAAUGAGAAGGUGCAUCAGGCUGUAACGACAGCUGGUGGUGUAAAUAUUUCGAAGGAGGAAAUUUCAGGGGAUGAUAGAGGAGCUUCCAUAAUAGUUAAUAUGAAAGGUAUUACAACUGCAAUGAAGGAACCGGGAGAAGUGAUUCCUCCUGGAAAAGAAGAGGAGCAAACUGUAGGAUGUUGCGGGAAAUCUGACCUGGAUGCUGAACAGAGUAUAGAGAAAACUCCGAUCAGGAGUGGUUUUGCUGCAGACAUGGGUACAGCUGUUACCACGCAGUCUGCCAUUCCAGAUAUGCUGCAGGUUAAGAAACCUGGUCAGUCGGGCAACACCAUUCAUCCUAAGAAUGCUGGCUCAACGAGAAAAUAUCACGGCCCAUUGUUUGAUUUCCCUGUUUUCACCAGGAAACAUGAAUCUUUUGGAUCAUCAUUGAUAAACAGCAAUUAUAAUUUAACUUUGGCAUAUGAUAUUAAGGAUCUUGUUAUUGAGGAAAGUGGAGAAACUCGUAAAAGGAAAAGGGCAGAAAAAAUAGAGAAGAUUGAUAAAAUAUUAGCUGUGAACUUGGAGCGAAAGAGGAUCAAACCUGAUCUCGUAAUACGGCUACAAAUUGAGUCGAAAAAACUUCAACUUGCAGAGCGUCAGGCUCGCUUGAAGGAAGAGAUUGAGCAACAACAACAAGAAAUAAUGGCAAUGCCUGAUAGACCAUAUCGCAAAUUUGUUAGGCUAUGUGAGCGCCAACGUCAGGAGCUCAACAGACAAUCACAGAUCAAGCAGAAAGCAACCAGAGAAAAGCAAUUGAAAUCCAUAUUUCAGUGGCGUAAGAAGCUUCUUGAAGCUCACUGGGGCAUCCGUGAUGCUCGAACUUCCCGCAAUAGGGGAGUUCAUAAGUAUCAUGAAAGGAUGUUAAAGGAGUUCUCAAAGAGCAAAGAUGAUGAUCGUAAUAAAAGGAUGGAAGCACUGAAGAAUAAUGAUGUAGAAAGAUAUAGAGAGAUGCUGCUAGAACAACAAACUAACAUGCCUGGUGAUGCUGCAGAAAGAUACAAUGUUCUCUCAUCAUUUUUUGUGCUAUCGAUUUGAAGUGCUGAAUGGAUAUAGGAGUUUUGUGAUGCACGAUUAUGUUAUUUGCAUAACAUUCUCUUUUCCUUCUUGUUUUUCACCAGAUAUUAUGUCCUUGCGCAUGCCGUGAAUGAAAGGGUUACAAGGCAGCCCUCAAUGUUGCGAGCUGGAACAUUACGAGACUAUCAGCUUGUCGGCUUGCAGUGGAUGCUUUCGUUGUAUAACAACAAACUCAAUGGAAUUUUGGCUGAUGAGAUGGGGCUUGGGAAGACUGUGCAGGUUAUGGCAUUAAUUGCUUAUUUGAUGGAGUUCAAAGGAAACUAUGGCCCACAUCUUAUCAUUGUUCCCAAUGCUGUUCUUGUGAACUGGAAGAGUGAGUUUCACAAUUGGCUGCCAACUGUCUCCUGCAUAUUCUAUGUUGGUGGGAAAGAACAGAGGUCAAAAUUGUUUUCUCAAGAAGUGUUAGCCAUGAAGUUUAAUGUCCUCGUGACAACCUAUGAGUUCAUUAUGUACGAUCGUUCAAAGCUUUCAAAAGUUGAUUGGAAGUAUAUCAUAAUUGAUGAAGCACAACGGAUGAAGGACAGAGAAUCAGUCCUAUCUCGUGAUCUUGAUAGAUAUCGGUGCCAAAGGCGCUUGCUUCUUACAGGAACACCAUUACAGAAUGAUCUUAAAGAACUCUGGUCACUUUUAAACCUACUGCUCCCAGAGGUCUUUGAUAAUCGAAAAGCAUUUCAUGACUGGUUCUCGCAACCAUUUCAAAAAGAAGGCCCCUCACACAAUGCUGAGGAUGACUGGCUUGAAACUGAGAAGAAGGUGAUCAUUAUCCACAGGCUUCAUCAAAUUCUGGAGCCUUUCAUGCUCAGGCGUCGCGUUGAAGAUGUUGAAGGAUCACUUCCUCCCAAGGUUUCAAUUGUGUUGAAAUGUAGAAUGUCUGCUAUACAGAGUGCCAUUUACGACUGGAUCAAAUCCACUGGUACUCUUCGGGUUGACCCAGAAGAUGAAAAGUGCAAAGUUCAAAAGAAUCCUGUUUACCAGGCUAAGACAUACAAACCUUUAAAUAAUAGAUGUAUGGAGCUCAGAAAACUUUGCAAUCACCCAUUGCUAAAUUAUCCAUAUUUUAGUGACUUAUCGAAGGCUUUUCUUGUGAGAUCAUGUGGAAAGUUGUGGGUCUUGGAUAGAAUUUUAAUAAAACUUCAUAGAACAGGACAUCGAGUACUUCUCUUCAGUACCAUGACAAAACUUCUUGAUAUAAUGGAGGAAUAUUUACAAUGGCGAAGACUUGUGUACAGACGGAUUGAUGGGACAACUAGCUUAGAAGAUCGUGAAUCUGCUAUUAUGGACUUUAACAGCCCUGAUACUGAUUGCUUUAUCUUCUUGCUCAGUAUACGUGCUGCUGGACGGGGUUUAAAUCUUCAGUCUGCUGACACAGUCAUCAUAUAUGAUCCUGAUCCAAACCCAAAAAAUGAGGAACAGGCUGUUGCUCGUGCGCACCGUAUUGGGCAGACGAGGGAAGUUAAAGUCAUUUAUAUGGAGGCUGUGGUUGACAAAAUCUCAAGCCAUCAGAAAGAAGACGAAUACAGGAGCGAAGGUUUAGUGGAUUCAGAUGAUGACCUUGCUGGCAAGGACCGGUACAUGGGUUCAAUUGAGAGCCUCAUACGGAAUAAUAUCCAGCAGUAUAAAAUUGACAUGGCUGAUGAAGUUAUAAAUGCUGGACGAUUUGACCAGAGAACAACACAUGAAGAAAGACGCAUGACCUUAGAAACACUAUUGCAUGAUGAAGAGAGAUGCCAAGAAACAGUUCAUGACGUUCCCUCACUAUAUGAGGUAAAUCGCAUGAUUGCUCGGAGUGAAGAAGAAGUGGAGCUCUUUGAUCAGAUGGAUGAAGAACUAGAAUGGAUAGAUGAAAUGACUCGAUAUGAUCAGGUUCCAAAGUGGCUUCGUGCUGAUACCAAAGAGGUGAAUACCACCAUUGCUAAUUUAUCAAAAAAACCAUCAAAGAAAAUCUUAUUUGGAGGAAAUAUUGGCUUAAAUUCCAGCGAAAUGGCCUCUGAGACAGAGAGAAAACGGGGGAGACCUAAGGGGAAAGUUCCUAUUUACACUGAAUAUGAUGAAAAUGAAGAGUUAUUUGAAUCUAGUUCUGAUGAGAGGAAUCAGUAUUCUAUACUAGAGGAAGAAGAAGAAAUUGGGGAGUUUGAAAAUGAUGAAAAUAAAGAUAAGUUAGAAGAUGAUGAUCCUGUUUCGGCUGAUGAAUACAGAUACCAAAGUGGUAUGAAACACACUAGCAACAAUCUUGCAUUUGAACAAGCAGGUUCAUCUGGGUCUUCUUCCCAUGGUCAAAGACUAAUGCCAAUGGCCUCACCUUCUGCAUCUUCUCAGAAGUUUGGAUCACUUUCUGCUUUAGAUGGCAGGUCCAGUUCUCGUUCAAAGAAGGUGGUAGAUGAGUUAGAGGAAGGGGAAAUUGUUGGAUCUGGAGACUCUCAGAUGGAUCACCAGCAAUCUGGUAGUUGGACCCAAGAUCGGGAUGAAGGUGAAGAUGAACAGGUGUUGCAGCCCAAAAUUAAACGUAAACGUAGUUUUCGAGGUCGUCCGAGGCAAGCUGCAGAGACAUCGGAAGAGAUGUAUGGUGAGAAGUCAUCUCUGCGGAGAGGGGAUUCUUCUCGGUUGCCUUUCUCAGUAGAACGUGACUUGCAAGGAAGGGAUGGCCAUGGGCAUAAAGUUCUUGGAGAGCCUAAUUUGUUGAAGCAUGGCAAAAUUGAUUCAUCCUUCAAUAAUAAACAAAAUUUAUCCACAAGAAAAUUUUCAAAUACAGCUAAAGGGCAUGCUUCACUAAAAUCUGCCAAAGCAAGUCAUGUUUCUAUUCCUCCAGAUGCUGCUUCUGAGCAGCCAAGCAGGAACUGGGACGGUAAAGUCAUAAGAGGGGCUACAACUGGUAGCAGUAAGAUGUCUGAGGUCAUGCAAAGAAAGUGCAAGAAUGUUAUUAGCAAGCUCCAAAGGAGAAUAGACAAGGAAGGGCAUCAAAUAAUUCCCCUGCUAACUGAACUAUGGAAAAAAAUUGAAAACUCUGUUGUCGUGAGUAGGCCAGGGGAUAACGUUUUGGAUCUACGAAAGAUCGAUGUAUGCAUUGAUAAAUCUCAGUACAGCGGAGUGAUGGAGCUUGUGUCAGAUGUGCAGCUUAUGUUGAAGCUUGGGAUGCAGCACUAUGCUUUCUCAUUUGAGGUGAGAACCGAAGCAAGAAAAGUGCACGAUCUUUUCUUUGAUAUCUUGAAGAUAGCAUUUCCAGACACUGAUUUUCGGGAGGCCAGGAAUUCUAUAUCUUUCUCCUGCCAAGUAGCUAUGCCAGUCUCUGGUUCAUCAUCCAGGCAGGUGCUUGCUGGUCAAAGCAAGCGACAAAAAUUAGUAAAGGAUGUCGACUCUGAUCCAGGUCCUCGCCAGAAGCCAAAUGCUCGAAUUCCUGUUCAUACUGUUGAAGGCACUAAGGUCAAAAACUAUAUGCCUCAAAAGGAGUCGAGGCUUGGAAGUAGCAGUAACCUGGAGACUGGACAGAAGGAAGAACCCCGCCCACUGACUCAUCCAGGUGACCUUGUUAUAUGCAAGAAGAAGAGGAAAGAAAGAGAGAAAUCGGCCAUGAAGUCUGGGAAUGAGUUGACUGGUCCAGUUUCACCCAAUGGAAUUAGCCGUAAUGUGAAAAGUCCUGGCUCGAGUUCAGGCACGAGAGAUGUGCUAUGGAGCCAACAAAGUACCCAACCACAGGGACGGGUUUCCAUUUCUCCCCAACCAGAGAAUAGUGGUGGCGGCGGCGGCAGCUCUGUUGCUUGGGCAAAUCCUGUAAAGAGGACGAGAACUGGUGUUGGGAGGAGGCCCCCAAGCCAUUUAUGAUUUACAUGUUAAUUCCUUCAAAUUGAAGAAGAAAACAAUUCUCUGGUGUUUAGGUGCCUUGUAUAAUGGUGCUGGAUUGCGAUUCUUGUAGAUUUUGCACUGUUUUCUGGUGUGUUAUUUGGAUUAACUUGGUUGAACAAUUUACCUGUUCUUUUUUGUAUGAUAUGAGAAUCUUGUAUCUGAAUUGCCUACCAAUUAACUCUUCUCUAAUCC